CCCACUCUGUCACGAAAACUCGCCCUUCGCUCGCUCAAUUUAGAACUUUCUCAGUCGCUCUGGGCUUUAGAGUGGAGCGCUGCUAAUUAGAGGGUAAUACUGUAAUUGUUACAGAAGCGGGCGAGUCACCGAACUACAACGUGGGGGGAGAAACUCUUUGUUGUAUUUAGAUUCCCUCGCUUCUCACAGAGACGUCAUGGUGCAGGCCAAAGUCGUGCCCUUUUAAGCAUAUGACCAAUGAGAACGCAGCUUUGGAGCCGAGCCCUCUCUGGGGGAACCAAUGGCAGUCUUGUGUUGUUGCCAGAGCCUCCUCCGGUCAUGUGAGAGCUGGAUGCCAGCAUGGAAGCUAGAAGUUACUGCAGCGCCAUGUGGGCCCGGGUGAGGCAGAGGGAUCCCAGGAUCAGUCGAGAUUAGACUUCAUCCAUUGCAAGGGUUAUCCUGAAAUCAUUCUACGUGAGACACCCUUCCCUCUGCUCUGCAGGGAGCAAGGUGUUCUUCUCUUCUGUUUAAAAUGGUUUCCAUCAGUUGCAGCAAACCUCUCCCUGGAGCAGAUAUUAUUUCAAAUGCUGCAUCUCCUUGUGGCCUGACCAUGGCAAUUUCACAGUGGGAGGAGACGACAGUGCCCACAAUAAUGACGACUAAUGACUGCUCUUCUACCAACUCUCUGGAUGAUCAGUUUAACAGCACUGUUGCCUUUAAAAAAGAUGAGGGUGAUGAUUUUCUUCAAGAAGUUGGUCUUCAGGAAGACGUGGGAGGUAUUAUUUUCUCUCAUUUGGUAAAGACUGUGGAGGAUACAAAAGAAACCAGUCAGUCUACACAUCUGAAAGUCCCUGAUUUUUCAGCUGCUUUUCCCCAGGAAUUUUCUCCAACUUUAGAGGAAAUUGAAGAGUUUUUAAAGGACAACAUGGAUCUCAUACGCGAGGAGCUGGGCGAAAACCAGCCAAUUUCUACUGCGUGGCUUCAGAGCUGCAAAACAGGUGAUCAGACUUCACCCACAAGUGAAAUUUUCCCAGAUGAGAAGGUGCCCACUUCAGAAACUUCCACAAAUUCACCUUCCACAACUGGAACUAUACCUGUUAUCCUCCAGAUUCAGCCAGUGCCUGGGACUUCCUCCCUAGCCCAAAGCUCAUCUGGCACAGUGCGUGUGGCACAGCUGUUAAUCAGUGUUCAGGGUCAGAGCUUGGCAAUGUCACCCAUCACAGGACCUGCUUCACCUGGGGACCAGAAGUAUGUGAGGAUUGCUCCACUUCCAGUAGCUGUCCGACCCCUCACACUGGGAGGUGUUUUUGUUAGUGAGGGGCAGCAAAGGACACAGAAGGGGGCAGCAGCUGUUAUCAGGGUACACAAGUGUAGCCAUCCUGGUUGUAACAAGAUGUACACCAAGAGUUCACACCUUAAAGCACAUUUCAGGAGGCAUACAGGAGAAAAACCUUAUGUCUGCACGUGGCCAGAGUGUGGCUGGAGGUUUUCCCGCUCUGAUGAGCUGUCCCGACACAAGAGAUCCCAUUCUGGAGUGAAGCCAUAUCAGUGUGUGGUGUGCGACAAGAAAUUUGCUCGUAGUGACCAUUUGUCGAAGCACAUGAAGAUUCAUCGAGGUCAGAGGGUUGGUGGAUCUCGGACACCCCGUGCUAGCACUUAACCUAUCUUCGCUAGUAAUUUUAACUGGACACUGUGAAAAUAUGGGUUUUCCCAAAUAUAAGUCCUAGGUCCUCCAGAUGAUUUGGGUAUGUGGACCUGAAGAAGCAGGCUUUUGGUUAGAGUCUAUCUAACCUCCUUCGACACUGGCUUGGCAUGGAAGAAGUUUAAAAAGACAUUUUCCUCAACUAAUUCUUUUUUUAAAAUUUUUUUGCAAAUGUCUGAAAAAGCUGUGUGUGGAGGUGGCUUUAAAAUGAAUCCCUGUGGAUCUAAAACUACCUCUUCUUAAUGACUGUUACAUGCAACAACUUGGGCACUGGUUAAAGCCCAUGUCUGUUCACCAAACAUCUAACCUCUUGAACAAUAGAGAUGCUAUGUGCACAAUCCUUCUGAGUUAAUGUCCAUUGGCCGAGGGUAUUGCAUUGACAUAAUGUUUACUAGGUUUGGUGUAAUAUAAAAUGUUGGUCUUUUAGAGGCU